CCUAAAACUUACCUACACCCUCCCAAGCCUUACUCUCUUUCCUUUAAAGAUCUUCAUGGAACCAGAGGGUCUCAUUCAGACUUCCCUUUUAUUACGGCUGACAAGUGAUUUUCAUACAGGUGUUUAAAGUUAAUUAAACAGACCCCAGAAUUAUACAUAUACAGGGGGAGGAGAGGAGAAAAAUGACCAAGAGCAACUGGAACAACUGUUGUUGCAACUUCCUUUCCGAAUAAAAGCAGAAGCGUUGGGAAUGCAGAAACGGCCUCUUGACUCCUUGUCUUGGUGAGAGGCCUGCUGGGGACCCUGUCCCUUCCUCAUCCCAAAAGCCAAGCUGAGUCUGGGAUGAGAACAAGGGACUUCCUCGGGACUCAGACUGUCCUCCCACCCCUCAAUGGGAAGCCCCUCCUGCACUCGGUGUGUGCCCUGCCCUGGCUCAGGGUGGCUGCUGUGGGGGACAAGAACAGACCCCUAGACACCUUCCAGCUUCUGUUCAAUUUCUUUAAUGCUGUUAAAUGGCAAAUCUGGAAAAGGUUCGGCAAAUCUGGAAAAGGUUCAGGACAAAGUUCUUUUUUCUUUUUUAAUUACAAAACUAACAGCUGUUAGAAUCUUUUUUUUUUUCCCCCUUUUGUCUUUUCCCGGCUACAAAAUACUCUGGGGAGAUGCAUUAUAAUUUAAAAUAUAUAAUAUUGCACAAACAACCAAAAGGUUAAUUAAACUAAAGAAAUCAUUACAAAGAGAAAAAUCCCAGCAAAAAGAUUCAGCAUUUUCUCCAUCCCACCCCUUACUGAAGUCUGCAGUGGAGUGACCGCCACUCAGAGUCCUGACCACUACCCCUUUAAAUCAUGGGCGAACACACCAGAUUAUGUACAAGAAUCACCACAGCAGCAUCGUGAAGCACCAGGGUCUUCAGGGAUUCCUGCAGCCCCUCACUGCCCCAAGAGAGGUGCAGCGUUACCAGAGUGGAGGGUGAGAGAGAGCCACAAAGACUAGUGUGUCUUCAGGAAGAAGAGCUUUUGCAGGAGCCUGAUGAGUCUCCAGUUCACCCCUAGCACAUCCCUUCAAGAAGGGCGGAGGCCGAAGUCGGGCUUACAAGAGCUGGCUCUGCUGUGCCAGAGGGUGUGCCCAUCAGGGUGAUAACGUCACAGUCGAUGGUUUUGUCUGGCGAGGGAGCAAAGGUGUCAGAGAUCACCCCUAGGAAGUCAGACAACCCCUUCUUCAUUUUCUCCGUCGCCCCCGAGGAGCCUUCAGUCUGCAGAGAGAAGCCAGCAGAAGAAGCAAGUGGCCCAGGAGCAGUUCUCAACAACAUCAACAGCUCAGCGCAUUCUGAACUGAGAGGCUAUCCUGGAGUACACGGGUGAAUAAUUUAACUGAGGCCUUCUAAAGUCUCCCCUGAAGCAGAACUCACCCCAGUUGAUUGAGAAAUUUUGCAGAGUGACAGCACACAGAAUGCUCGUGGGCAGAUAUGCCAUAGCUCCUGUAUGCACCACACGCUUCAGCUCUCCGGACAAAGGGAUGAACACUUCCCAGGUCCCUCAAGUGGGACUCCAAAGACCCAACCGAGCUCCAGCCUUUCACCAGCUCUGCUUCUUGCCCCUUCUGGCAUCUUGGUACUUGUAGUUUUGUCCACUCUAUCUUUGCCCGAAAAACCAACGUUGAGACCACAACUCCCAUCACCCCGCGAGCACUGCAGCCUCCAGAGCGCAUCCUCUGGAGGGGGUCCCGGCGCCAUUGACUAACCUGCUGACCGAAGGGCCCGCCUUCCUGGCCCAAAGGCCCCCGUGAUUGGCCAGCUGCCCUGCCUCGCAGCGGAGGGGCGACAGGUGAAUGAAAGGGGGGCGUGCCGGUGCGCGUAGCUCGGCGACGGCGCGGCUGGAAACCGCUGGAAGCAUCUGGAUUGUCACAGACCAUAACACAAACUGCUGGGAAGGCUUGCUUGGAACAGUUGGAAGAGGUCGGGAUUUGUGAAUUAACCUAAAAAAAUCUUGGCAGAGAUACAGGCUCCUCCUGAGUGGCAGCAGCUGGUGGAGAAAUGGAGAUGCAAUCCUAUUAUGCCAAACUCUUGGGGGAGCUGAAUGAACAGCGGAAGAGGGACUUUUUCUGUGACUGCAGCAUCAUUGUGGAAGGGCGGAUCUUCAAGGCCCACAGGAACAUCUUGUUUGCCAACAGCGGCUACUUCCGAGCCCUGCUCAUUCACUAUAUCCAGGACAGCGGGCGCCACAGCACAGCCUCCCUGGACAUCGUCACCUCCGAUGCCUUCUCCAUCAUCUUGGAUUUCCUCUACUCUGGGAAGCUGGAUUUGUGUGGGGAGAACGUGAUUGAGGUUAUGUCAGCUGCCAGCUACCUGCAGAUGAAUGAUGUGGUGAACUUCUGCAAGACCUACAUCAGAUCAUCCCUUGAUAUCUGCAGAAAGAUGGAGAAGGAGGCAGCCAUGGCCGCAGCAGUGGCAGCAGCAGCCGCAGCAGCGGCAGCAGCAGCGGCAGCAGCAGCUCAUCAAGUUGACAGUGGAAGUCCCAGUUCAGGCAGGGAAGGGACCUCCUGUGACACCAAGAGCGUGGUCUCUUCUUCAGCCGAGGGAGAGGAGAGUGUAGACUGUCCAAGAGAGUCCCCUUGUGGUGACUGCAGAGGCUGCCACCCCCUGGAACUGAUGGUGAAGGACAACCAGGGCAGUGGCUUGGCGGACGGUGAUCUCUGUCCUCCCCCCAAACAGAUAAAGCCCCAGGUGGAGUCAGAUGCAGAGGAAGUAGAGGUGGAGGUUGGGGAGCAGCUGCAGCAGUACGCUGCCCCGCUGAGCCUGACCCACGUGGAGGAGGGCUUGCCCAGUGGCCAGACUGUGGACUUGGCUUAUAGUAACUUCCACGUGAAGCAAUUCCUGGAGGCGCUCCUGCGCAGCAGUGCCGUCCAGAGCAAAGACGAGGUGGACCAUCCCUUCUCCCGGAGCCUGGAGGGAAGGCCGGAUGUUGCAGGGGUAGCCAUGAGCUCUGUGCCAGAUGUCCAGCCUGACUGGUAUGGAGAGGACUCAGGUGAUGUGCUGGUGGUCCCCAUUAAGCUCCACAAGUGUCCUUUCUGCCCUUACACUGCCAAACAGAAGGGCAUCCUUAAGCGGCACAUCCGCUCACACACGGGCGAGCGGCCCUACCCCUGUGAGACCUGUGGCAAGAGGUUCACUCGACAGGAGCACCUGCGGAGCCACGCCCUGAGCGUCCACAGAUCUAAUCGGCCCAUCAUCUGCAAGGGCUGCAGAAGAACCUUCACCAGUCACCUGUCCCAGGGGCUGCGGCGCUUCGGGCUGUGUGACAGCUGCACCUGCGUGACAGACACACAGGAUGAUGAUGACGACUUGAUGCCCAUCAACCUCAGCCUGGGGGAGGCUUCAUCGGAAAGCCAAGAGAAGAGUGACAUGGACAAUGACUGGCCAAUCUAUGUGGAGUCUGGUGAGGAAAACGACCCCGCUGGAGAGGACUCUGAUGACAGGCCACAAAUUCGGCCCAGCUUAUCAGAAACUCUUACGUAGCAGUACAUCGGUGGGGAAGAGGUCUUAGAAUCUGCUGCUGCUCUUUCUGUGGUUGAAAGCUACCAUUGUCCACUUCUGUCGAACCCUGACAGGGACAUUUUUUUCACUGUUGAUAUAUUUUCGUUUUUGUAAGUCCUCCAGUUGCGGAAACUGCCACUUUAAGUGAAACCACUUACAGCAAAAGCAGGACCUGGAAUAAUACGGAUUUCUUCAGCUUUGGCUGGUGAUGGUUUUUUCUUGGCUAUGUCAUGUAAUGGAUCAAUGUUGAACAAAACUAUGUUAUCCCAGGACCUGCUCUAUGUGGUAGAGGUUGGAUUUUGUGAAUCAAAGAACUAAUGACUUUUUGGUGCCAUGCCCUUGAUUUCUGAGGGCUCUGCUGACCCUCCUUAAUUCUGAGUGAAUCAAGGCUGCCCUAAGGGCUUCCUGUUUUUCUGUUUUGCAUCCAAACUCUAGUUAGGAGAAAGAUUUCAUAUCGUCUCAGUCCUGUGCUUUCCUCUAUCAUCAUUACCUUUCUCUGAAAAGGUAGACAUGAAUAUAUUAAGUUUUGAGAUCCAUCCUUUGCCAAGCCUCUCCUAAUGAAUCCCAUAUUUUAAUUCUCUGGUGAAAUGUUAAAGAGAAAGCGUCAUUGACAUAAGGCAGGCAGGACUGUCUGACCACAUCAUUGGAAAAGGUGCUUUCUAGAUCUAAGACCACAGUUCUAAAGACUGGGGGUACUGAUAUUCGACAAGCAUGAAAAUGAGCUGAAGGAAGGCUCCUUAUGGUCCUUUGACUUGCCCUGUUGAAUUAAAUUUCAAGGUAGGCCUGGGAAGGGAACCUGUAAGCCCAGCUCUGGGUGACUUCCCUGUCUGGUUUGGUAUGUGACCAUUCUGUUUUGUGAUCAUAAAACAACUCAUUUGGGCAGAACUCAAAAUUUUCCCUCCUUUUUCUAUCUGAUUCCAACCAUCACUGCUAUAUAACCUGGAAAUGUAGCUGUCACUGACAUUCUUUUCCUUAGGUUAUGAAUAGAACUUUAAUUAGAGGGAAAGCAUAAGCCCAUAAAAAGAAAUUAUACUUCUAAAUUGUUUACGUUUAUCUUAAAAAGAUCCUCUGCAGGGAAAGAACUUCGUAGAACAGAUUUUUAAAACUAAUUUGCUUUUUCCCUGUUUAGGAGCCAGCAAUUAUUAUGUUUUUAUUAUUUUUUAUUUUUUGUGGGACCCUUGCCUGCGGCUGGGAACGAACCAGCGCUGCAGAGGCUGCGGGCAGCCUCUCAGUCCAGCGCUCAACCGCUGCACCACCAGGGGAGGCCCGCCAGCAAUUAUUCUAACAAAACAGGCUGCAUUUCUUUAAAGAGCUAAAGGGCAGGAAAUAAUAGGGUUUAAAGAUAUUUAAGGCACUUCCAUAAUUUUGUCUUAAAGUAUCCA